UCCUCCCGUCACGGUCCCCAAGGGUCCAGCCUCUCCCGCGGGAAGGCGAAGUCCCCAGCGUGAGGUCCGGAGACUAGCGGCGGAGAGCGCCCGGGUCCGGAAGCCAACAGGACUCGCUGCUCCCAGCAGCUGCUGGUGGUGAAGCCCGCCUCCCCAGCCGUGCCCUGGGUUCCUCCCUGCGGCCCCGUGAGCACCCACGAUGUUCCUCGGCUGCAGCAGCCCCUGAAUUCAUGGAACCCUCGGCUGCCCCGGGGGCCCAGACUGGGGUUCCCUCUGGCGGGGGGCAGGUGACCCCUGGGCCUCCAGACUAUGAGGAUGAGUUUCUCCGCUACCUGUGGCGUGACUACCUGUACCCGAAGCAAUACGAGUGGGUUCUCAUCGCUGCCUAUGUGGCCGUGUUCCUGGUGGCUCUGGUGGGCAACACGCUGGUCUGUCUGGCCGUGUGGCGGAACCACCACAUGAGGACGGUCACCAACUACUUCAUCGUCAACCUGUCCCUGGCUGAUGUGUUGGUGACGGCAAUCUGCCUGCCGGCCAGCCUCCUGGUGGAUAUCACUGAGUCCUGGCUCUUUGGCCACACCCUCUGCAAGGUCAUCCCCUAUCUACAGGCCGUGUCCGUGUCAGUGGUGGUUUUGACUCUGAGCUCUAUCGCCCUGGACCGCUGGUAUGCCAUCUGCCACCCGCUGCUGUUCAAGAGCACCGCCCGGCGUGCCCGUGGCUCCAUCCUGGGCAUAUGGGCUGUGUCACUGGCUGUCAUGGUGCCCCAGGCUGCUGUCAUGGAGUGUAGCAGCGUGCUGCCCGAGUUGGCCAACCGUACUCGGCUCUUCUCCGUGUGUGAUGAACACUGGGCAGAUGAUCUGUACCCCAAGAUCUACCACAGCUGCUUCUUCAUUGUCACCUACCUGGCCCCACUGGGCCUCAUGGCCAUGGCCUAUUUCCAGAUCUUCCGCAAACUCUGGGGCCGCCAGAUCCCUGGCACCACCUCAGCUCUGGUGCGCAACUGGAAGCGGCCCUCAGACCAGCUGGACAGCCAGGGCCCAGGCCUGGGCUUGGAGCCCCAGCCCCGGGCCCGCGCCUUCCUGGCUGAGGUGAAGCAGAUGCGAGCCCGGAGGAAGACGGCCAAGAUGCUGAUGGUGGUACUUCUGGUCUUUGCCCUCUGCUACCUGCCCAUCAGCGUCCUCAAUGUCCUCAAGAGGGUGUUCGGGAUGUUCCGCCAAGCCAGUGACCGAGAGGCUGUCUAUGCCUGCUUCACAUUCUCCCACUGGCUAGUUUAUGCCAACAGCGCCGCCAACCCCAUCAUCUACAACUUCCUCAGUGGCAAAUUCCGGGAGCAGUUUAAGGCUGCCUUCUCCUGCUGCCUGCCAGACUUGGGGACCCGCUCCUCUGCCAGCCACAAGUCUUUGUCCUUGCAGAGCCGGUGCUCCGUCUCCAAAAUCUCGGAGCACGUGGUGCUCACCAGUGUCACCACGGUGCUGCCUUGAAUGGGGCCUGUCCUGGCAGCUCCUGAGGGACCCGCCCCUGCCGCU